AAUUACACUGAAGAUUUUGAGUCUUUCUUCUAAUUUGAGGGGUAAGUUUAUCAGUUAAUUCCUGUAAAAUAUGUAACCCGCAUGAAUGCAAACAGUAUGACAACUUCUAGUGCACAGGUUUGUUUUUCAUUCGGCAAGCAUACUUCACCUGAUCCAACUUGGAAAGUUACAUUAGAAUUCCCCUUUAGCAAUGCAUAAAACAUUUCUCCACAUUAGCUUUUGAUAGGCAUAGGUUAUAUAUUUAUAUCUCAACAUAGACCAUAGAAUAAAAAUACAUAGCAGUGUUUAUUACAAUGCAAUUCCCUAAUCUAUUCCUGAUUAUUCAUCUAAUAAUUACAAGCACAAAAGGUGUUGCUUUGUGAAAAUUCUGGAUGGGCAAUUAAAAUUGAAUAGAGGACAUUGUAACCAUUUUUCGGAUGAGAUAUUUGAUCAAAAAUCUUCAAAUGCAACCUUAGGUAUUCAAUUUUUUGUUUAUUUGUUUGUUUUCAUCAAGUGCCUUCAUCUGAUAUGGAAGACAACGUCAGCUGGGUCCAUCCCUACGGCAACCACUCCUAUGGAGCUUAUGGGAGACCAGGCUGCCGUUACACCACUGCUGAACUGAUCCUCAUCGUCAUAGUGACCGGCUCGCUCAGCUUCAUCACCGUCCUGGGCAACGUCCUGGUGAUGCUGUCAAUCAAAGUCAACCGCCACCUCCAGACAGUCAACAACUACUUCCUGUUCAGCCUGGCGUGUGCUGACCUCAUCAUCGGUCUUCUCUCCAUGAACCUCUACACCCUCUAUAUCGUCAAGGGCUACUGGCCCCUGGGUGCGGUCAUCUGUGACCUGUGGUUGGCCUUGGACUACGUGGUCAGCAACGCUUCGGUUAUGAACCUCCUGAUCAUCUGCUUCGACCGCUACUUCUGCGUGACCCGACCAUUGACCUACCCAUCCAAGCGGACCACCAGACUGGCUGGGCUGAUGAUCGCAGCAGCCUGGCUCCUGUCUCUGUUCCUUUGGGCCCCGGCCAUCCUCUUCUGGCAGUCCUUCGUCGGCAAACGGAUCGUCCCUGAUGGGGAGUGCUACAUCCAGCUCCUGUCCAAACCCUCGGUUACACUGGGGAUGACACUAUCUGCAUUCUACCUGCCGGCGGUCAUCAUGAUUGUCCUGUACACCCGGAUCUCCUUUGCCAGCCGCAGUCGCCUCACUGCAGAGCUGCAUAGUAGCAGAGCGAGGACCUCUAGUGGACGACCGAAACAAAGCUGCCAUCUGAAGAGGAGCUGUGUCUCAACCCAGACAGACACUGAGCCAAAGAGCGACUUGGCCAUUUCCAUCGAAGCAGAGACGAGUAUCUGCGCUAAGCAGGGGAUUAUCAAGGCCCUGAAAGACUCUACAGAGCAGGCCAACAAUAAUGUCAUCCCCACUUCAGAUGUUAUCCCCUCUCUAGACCAAUUACCUAGUGAGAUUAACCAAGACUGCAGAUGGUCCAACAGUAGGGUCACGUUCACAGGGGAUAAGAACAGCUCUGCUACCAAGGUCUCCCAGCCAAGCUCUAUCCUUAAUGGCUCCAAUACAACUAGUCAGCUCAGAAAAAUGGUUUCCCCAUUUCCCAGCUUCAGUAAGACCCAGGUGAAGAGGAGAAGGAUUGUAGCGAGGGAGAGGAAAGUGACCAAGACUAUUUUUGCUAUUCUCCUGGCCUUCAUUCUCACCUGGACUCCUUAUAGCGUCAUGGCCAUCAUUGGCACCUACUGUCACUUCUGCGUCCCAGACACAGCGUGGACCAUGGGCUACUGGCUGUGUUAUAUCAACAGCACAGUCAACCCAGCGUGCUAUGCACUGUGUAACGUCACCUUCAGAAAGACCUUCAAGAACCUACUGAGGUGUCAGUACAGAAACACAGGUGUUGAAGUGAGGAUGAUGUGA